AUGACCACCUUGCGGAUUUUUUACCCCAUUCAGCUUGAACGUCAGAUCCCAACCUCCAGGAGUGUUGCGCAAAUCGAGAUGCCUUUAACCAGAAACCUACCCCAAGCCUACAAAGCAUUGGUCCAAGAAACCUAUGGGUCUCAACUUACGUUGCAAACAAUUUCAACCCCUGCAAUCACACCUGGCAGUGCUAUCGUUCACAUUCUGGCGGCACCAAUCCCUCUCGUACGCAAAAUUGGUCGAGUGGUAGAAGUCCGUCCAGACGCCAUGACCCUGGAGCCUGGAGACCUAGUCGGGGUUGGUGGUAUCAUCCGAGGACGCGAUGAUGGAGACAAUCGGUUUCUUCAGGGCUUGCACGACGGGUUUAGUGAGGAUAGUGAGCUCUUGACGCGGCAGGUUUGGCCCAAUAGUGGCACUUUUGCAGAGCACGCAAAAGUGCCCAUUCGAUUGACUGCUGGUGAGCGAGUCAUCAUUUCUCCGGCCACUGGAUCUUUUGGGGGAGCAGCAGCGAUGGUAGCUUUGGCAAUGGGCGCGAUGGUGGUGGUGUUUGGCAGAAACGGUGUUAAAUUGAAGCAAUUGAAAGCUCUGGACGACAAGAGAAUCGACUUAGUGCAGGUUCCUGGCGAUGUUGCCAAGGACACUGCAGCGUGGAAGAGCUUUGGAGCAGUCGAUGCGCUUUUUGACAUCUCACCUCCCAUGGCAGCCAGCUCGACACAUCUGAAGUCGGGGGAUAUUGAUGACCUGCUGAAGCUGGUCAUUGGGGAAAUGAUAUUCCUCAGCGACGAGCGUAAGGUCAGAGUCAUCGGCAAAUUUGGAUUGGAGGCCAGGGAUGAAGCCUUUGAAACAGCAGCUGCAAAUCCUGGGUUUGGACAGAUUACUGUAUUCACACCAAGAGGAAAGGCCCAGUGGAGGAUAAAUGAUGCUUUGGUGUACCUCAAUAUCCCCUCUUUCCGGCAGGCAAAGCUUUAA